AUGAAGCUGAAUAUUUCAUCACCUCAGAACGGUACAAACAUCACACUAGAGGUAACAGGUAAUGCGGAACGGAUAUUCCAUGGAAAAUCAAUUGGCGACAUUAUCGAUGGCAGUAUUAUCAAGCCGGAAUAUGCCGGCUGGAAAGUGCUUCUGACCGGUGGUUCAGACAAGCAAGGGUUUCCCAUGGAUGCGCAAAUUAACACGGACAAGAGGCAGAGAUUACUGCGCAGAAAAGGAGAUAUUGGUUUCAAACCCAGAAAAAAGGGAGAGUUGCGCAGAAAGAGUGUACGUGGUGCCGUCAUUUCUGAAGAAACGUCAGCGCUGUGCAUGAAAGUUGUGAACGAUCUUUUCGCAGAAAGUAGUGAAGGUAAUACUACUGCUGAGCCCUGCCAUAUUGAAGGUCUUACCGAUCAUGUGGCCGAUAAGACACAUCUGCCAAAGCGCUUCAACAAACUUAAAGCAGCUCUCGGUCUUAAGGAUGUUGAUGUGAGUCCAGAAGAAGUAAAGGAUGCCAUUAUCAAGGCGCUACCACCGCCUGAGGAGGGAAAAAAAAGGAAGUUGCCUAAAAUUAGGAUGACGAGGAUCAAGAACAAGUUCUAUGCGCAACGGUAUGAAAAGAAGCAAGAAAUAAGUCGUCUUCGCCGUGAAAAAACCGAAAAGAUAAGGCAAGAGUUUUUCAAAAAGUACCCAGAUUGGCUGUCAUCAAAAUAAAGUGAGUUUUAUUGGAA